AUGGCAAUGAAGAAACCUUACAUGUUUCUGAAUAUGGUAAUUCCAGAUCCUAAAAGCCCUGGCAAAAGCUUGGAUGUGUUUUUGAGGCCUUUGAUUGAUGAGUUGAAAUUGUUAUGGCAUGAAGGAGUUUGGACUCAUGAUGCUAAUUUUAACCAAAACUUUCAAAUGAGAGCAGCACUGUUAUGGACAAUAAGUGAUUUUCCUGCAUAUGGUAUGUUAUCUGGAUGGAGCACACAUGGUAGAAUGUCAUGUCCAUAUUGUAUGGAAAAUAGUAAGGCCUUUAUACUUCAGCAUGGUGGAAAGCCAUCUUUUUUUGAUUGUCAUCGUCAAUUCCUUCCUAUUAACCAUCCAUAUCGAAGGCAGAAAGAUAAAUUUAGAAAAGGUUUCAUAGAAAAAACUCCUUCUCCAUCUCGUAUGACAGAAAAGAAUGUGUUUGAUAAUAUAUUCUACACAGUUAUGGAUGUGAAUGGAAAAUCAAAGGACAAUAUCAAGGCAAGACAAGAUUUGAAAGUCUAUUGCAAUCAUCCUGAGUUAGAAUUGUUGUAUAAUAAUGGUAAAGUAUACAAACCUAAAGCCACUUAUUCUUUGAAUAAAGAACAGAAACGGUCAAUUUGUCAGUGGCUUAAGGAUUUGAGGUUCCCUGACGGCUAUGCUUCGAACAUUGCUCAGUCUGAUGCUUUGACUGAGUUGAGUCAUUUUUUUAGAGACAUAACUGCAACCACACUCACAGAAGAAAAUAUGAAUAUCUUAGAGAAAAAUAUUGUUGAGAGCAUUUGCAAGAUGGAGAAGAUAUUCCCACCCGGUUUCUUUGACUCAAUGGAGCAUUUACCUAUUCACUUGGCAUACGAGGCAAAAGUAGGUGGACCUGUGCAAUAUCAUUGGAUGUAUCCCUUUGAACGAUACCUCUUUGACUUGAAGAAAAAAGUCAAAAAUAAAGCUUCUGUUGAGGGUUCAAUUGUUGAGGCAUAUCUUAUUGAGGAAAUUUCAUCUUUUUGCUCACACUACUUUGAGCCAUCUAUCUCGACAAGGCUAAAUAGAGUUCCAAGAAAUGAUGAUGGUGGACAUGUAGAACCUAUGGGACGCCUUUCGAUUUUCACUCAUGCAGGUCGACCUUUUGGGCAGUUGGAACAUGGCAGAAUGUUGUCAAAUGAAGAGUAUUGUGCAGCACAUUUAUAUGUGUUAUUGAAUUGUCCUGAAAUUGAUCCAUUUAUUGACGAUCAAGAAAUUGAGCAAAUGCGAGAGCGAGAACUGGCUAAUUGGUUAAAAGACUAUGUGGGAAGGAACGAAGUUGAUAACUACAUUUAUCAAAUAGCUCAAGGGCCCAGCCGAAAAGUACAAUCAUAUAAAGGAUAUUUUGUGAAUGGAUUUAAAUUUCAUCGACAUGAUUAUGGCAGAGAGCGAAAAACAUUAAAUAGUGGUGUAUGGGUCAAAGGAAGUUGUUAUAAUGAAUAUGAAAGUGAUUACUAUGGCUUGCUGAAUGAGGUAUUAGAAUUAGAGUACUUUGGAGAGAAAAACAAGAUAAUCCUUUUCAAGUGUGAAUGGUUUGACACUAAUAGAGGGGUAAGGGUCCAUCCUCAACAUGGUCUUGUGGAAAUCAAUGUCAAAUUAAGGCUAGCAUCAUCUGAUCCAUUUAUUUUAGCUCAACAAGCUCAUCAAGUUUGCUAUAUUAAAUAUCCUAAAAUCAAUAAAGUCAGAGUUGACUGGUGUGCGGUUUUCAAAACCAAAGCUAGGAGCACUUACAAUAUUGGACCUUCCAUGGUUAACAACAAUUCAAAUGAGCAAAACUCCAAUGAUGUUGCUUAUCAAGAGGAUGAUGUCUCAAGACCUCAAGAAAUUGUAUCAACAACCGAACUUGAUGAUCCCACAAUGUUACUUGAUUCAAGUAGUAUGGUUGAGGUGGAUGUUAAUGAAUUGCAACAAGUGCAACAACCACUUGAAGUGGUGGAAGAUGAAGAUGAGGAUGUAGAGGAAAAGGAAGAGGGAGAGGAUGAGGAAGAGGAAGAAGACACUGAAGAGUCAGAUGACGAUUUAGAAGUUGAUGGUAUUGAUAGUGAUGAUGAUGUCAACUUAGAAGAUGAUUCUGAAUGAUACAUUAUGCCUCGAAGAGCAGUAUCAUCUAGAGGUAGAGGACAUAGCCAGCAGCUCUCUAUAAAUGAAACAGAUGAGCCAGUACAGAUGCAAGAGGAAACACUGGAGCACACUC